UCCUGUCUCAGCCCGUCGGGUCUCCGCAGUCGCGUCGCCGUCCCUCUGGCAGCCACCGCGCGCGGCGCGUCUGUCACAGCCCGCGUCCGUGCCGGGCACCGGGCGUCGCAGCGUUCGUACACUGCCCGGAGCCGCGGCGGCGCCCCAGCUCCCCUUGCUCCUCCUCUCCUGCCCCACCCUGCAUCCCUCUCGCGGCGGGCUCCAGGCUCCAGGCUGGAGAUUGACGUUUCUUUCUGUUCUGUCCCUCCAACCCUCAGCAGGAACCCUUCCAUUCGCCCACCAGCGCCAAGCAGCUGGCUUGGGCGUCCACUAGGAGUUCAAAUGUGAAGGGUAUCGUUUUGUCAUUGACUGAAAAGAUCAUUUGCAGCCAAGAUUUUAGAAACUUUUGGAGAAGGGAGCUGCGGAAAAGCUGGGUCCUAGCCUGCAGGUUUCCCUAGAUGAUGAAUAAGCAUUCCUUCUGCCUGAAGAACACCUGUGGAAACCUUGACCAUGGCAUCGAUAUCAGAACCUGUAACAUUCCGAGAAUUCUGCCCUUUGUACUAUCUCCUCAAUGCCAUUCCCACAAAGAUCCAGAGGGGCUUUCGCUCUAUUCUGGUCUACCUCACAGCUCUGGAUGCCAACGGGGACUACAUUGCGGUGGGCAGCAGCAUCGGCAUGCUCUACUUGUACUGUCGGCACCUCAACCAGAUGAAGAAGUACAACUUUGAAGGAAAGACAGAGUCUAUCACUGUGGUGAAGUUGCUGAGCUGCUUUGAUGACCUUGUGGCAGCAGGCACCGCCUCUGGGAGGGUUGCUGUUUUCCAGCUUGUGUCUUCCUUGCCGGGGAGGAACAAGCAGCUUCGGAGAUUUGAUGUCACUGGUGUUCACAAAACCAGCAUUACAGCUCUGGCUUGGAGCCCCAAUGGGAUGAAGCUGUUCUCCGGAGAUGACAAGGGGAAGAUCGUCUACUCCUCUCUCGACCUAGACCAGGGUAUCUGCAACUCACACCUUGUGCUGGAGGAGCCGUCAUCCAUUGUGCAGCUGGAUUACAGCCAGAGAGUGCUGCUCGUGUCCACCUUGCAGAGGAGCCUGCUCUUCUACACCGAGGAAAAGGCUGUCAAGCAGAUUGGAUCCCAGCCAAGGAAAAGUACUGGGAAAUUUGGUGCUUGUUUUAUACCAGGACUGUGUAAGCAAAGUGACCUAACCCUGUAUGCAGCCCGGCCUGGGCUCCGGCUGUGGAAGGCUGAUGUCCAUGGGACCGUUCAAGCCACGUUUAUCCUCAAGGAUGUCUUUGCUGGAGGAGUCACACCUUUUGAGCUCUACCCACGUCUGGAGCCCUCUGAUGGGGGAAGUUGCAGCUCUCCUGAGAAACACCUGGGGCUCGUUUCAUGCUUCUUCCGGGAAGGCUGGGUGUUGAGCUGGAAUGAGUACAGUAUCUAUCUUCUGGACACCGUCAACCAGGCCACCAUUGCUGGUUUGGAAGGACUGGGUGAUAUUGUGUCUGUUUCCUGCACAGAAAAUGAAAUCUUUUUCCUAAAGGGAGAUAGGAACAUUAUAAGGAUUUCAAGCAGGCCUGAAGGGCUGGCAUCCAUAGCAAGAGAUGGUCUGGAGACACGAUGUUCAGAGCAGGUCCGUGGGCAGCAUUUGGAAAAGUCACUUGGGGACACUGUUUGUGAGACAAGGCUUCGAGGCUCUUCUGUGGCCAGUUCUGUGGCCAGUGAGCAGCGGAGCAGGAGCAGUUCAUUCAACUCCACGGACAGUGGCUCUGGGCUGCUGUUGCCCGGACUUCAGGCCCCCCCUGAGCUGGACCAGGGUGGCCCGCCAUCCUCACAGAGAUUCAGUGUUAUCAGCUCUGAAGACUUUGACCAGGAGCUUAUUGUGAAACCCAUCAAAGUGAAGAAGAGGAGGAGGAAGAGAAAGACAGAAGGUGGAACCAAGAGCACCUGCCAAAGUUCCCUCGAGUCAACUCCCUGCUCCGAGUUCCCUGGUGACAGCCCCCAGUCCUUGAACACAGACCUCUUGUCCAUGACCUCAAGUGCUCUGGGAAGUAGUGUGGAUCAGUUGAGCACAGGAUCUCCAGACCAGGAGAGCAACCCCAGUGCUGAGGUGAAUGGGAUCAUUCAGGAAGACAGUGGCCCUGAAGCAUUCAGUGUUCUGGAGGUUCCUGAAUCUGCCACUGACCCAGUGGAUGAAGAAAACGGUACUGGAAAGGAAACUUACCAGUGUGACCACACACAGGACAUGGGCCUGCUCAAUGGAGUGUUGAAUUUACCCUUUCAGCCAGGGGAGGAUGGGGGAGGUGAUGACAUCAUCUCAGGACCCAAAGAGGAGCCUGGUGCUGCUGACGGUGUAGCAGUACAUACAGAGGUAUGCCUGUGGAAACAGGACAGCUCUGCUGAGGCACAGGAGGUGAACACCGUGGAGUUCAGUGACCCCCAGAGCACUUUUCUGGACUCACUUACAGUACCUUCCAGCCUCAGCUGGCCCCCAGGCGCCGAGCAAUGGCUGCCUGGGCUUGGAGUUUAUGAAGUCAGCACUGAGGAGGCCAGCCCAGAACCAAACAUCCUGGCCCAUGUGGAGGGCCCUAGCCACCCAAGCUCAAAUCCUUGGCAUGUAGUCACCAAUAAUGAUAAAAAUCACAAAGAAAUACCUACCUCUGAAUGUGACAUAGGAAAUGUGGAAGGCCAGGUGACUCCUCUUGUCUCUGCCUUCGUGGCCAGUGCCCAUGAGCAUUGGCUGGACAAAUCUUUCCAGGACCAGGCAGUGACAUCCAGUGAUGAGGAAGACAUUUAUGCCCAUGGACUCCCAUCUUCAUUCUCAGAGACAAGUGUGACAGACCUUGGAGCUGGUCGCUCUUUGCAGGACCUGAGCCAACCAGGGACUGAUGACACCACUCUGCUCAAGACAGAUCAGUUUGCAGAGAGCUGGAUGGGCUACUCGGGACCUGGCUAUGGCAUCCUCAGCUUGGCGGUCUCGGAAAAGUUUAUCUGGUGUCUGGACUACAAAGGUGGCCUAUUCUGCAGUGCCCUGCCUGGUGCAGGGCUGCGCUGGCAAAGGUUUGAAGAUGCUGUCCAGCAGGUGGCAGUCUCUCCCUCAGGGGCCCUUCUCUGGAAGAUUGAACAGAAAUCUAACCGUGCUUUUGCUUGUGGCAAAGUGACCAUCAAGGGAAAGCGGCACUGGUAUGAGGCUCUGCCCCAGGCUGUGUUUGUGGCCCUGAGUGAUGACACAGCCUGGAUCAUCAGGACCAAUGGAGAUCUGUACCUUCAGACAGGUCUCAGUGUGGAUCGGCCCUGUGCCCGAGCUGUGAGGGUUGACUGCCCCUACCCGCUGUCCCAGAUCACGACGCGGAACAAUGUGGUGUGGGCACUGACGGAGCAGAGAGCCCUCCUGUACCGGGAGGGCGUGAGUAGCUUCUGUCCUGAAGGGGAACAGUGGAAGUGUGAUAUUGUCAGUGAAAGGCAAACUCUGGAGCCUGUCUGCAUAACUCUCGGGGAUCAGCAUACUCUCUGGGCAUUGGACAUUCAUGGAAAGCUAUGGUUCAGAACUGGCGUGAUUCCCAAGAAGCCUCAAGGGGAUGAUGACCAUUGGUGGCAGGUGAGCAUCACGGACUAUGUGGUGUUUGACCAGUGCAGCUUGUUCCAGACCAUCAUGCAUGCCACACACUCAGUAGCGACAGCAGCUCAAGCCCCUGUGGAAAAGGUAGCAGAUAAGUUGCGCAUGGCAUUUUGGUCUCAGCAGCUUCAGUGCCAGCCCAGCCUACUAGGGGUUAACAACAGUGGUGUCUGGAUCUCCUCAGGCAAGAAUGAAUUUCAUGUUGCUAAAGGAAGUCUCAUAGGAACUUACUGGAAUAACGUUGUUCCCCGGGGAACAGCUUCGGCCACAAAAUGGGCCUUUGUGUUGGCUUCUCCUGCUCCUACCCAGGAUGGAAGCUCCUUGUGGCUGUGCCAGAGCAGCAAGGAUCUGUGUAGCAUCAGUGCCCAGAGUGUGCAGUGCCGCCCCUCCACAGUGCAGUUGCCUCCCGACGCCGAGAUGAGGACCUACGCUGCGUGCCAGGAUGCACUGUGGGCCUUGGACAACCUUGGACAGGUGUUCAUCAGGACGCUUUCUAAGAGCUGCCCCACAGGCAUGCACUGGACGAAACUGGACCUUACCCAGCUAGGAACUGUAAGACUGACCAGUUUGGCAUGUGGAAAUCAGCAUAUCUGGGCCUGUGACUCCAAGGGUGGAGUUUACUUCCGUGUUGGAACUCAACCUCUGAAUCCCAGUCUGAUGCUUCCGGCCUGGAUCAUGAUUGAGCCACCUGUCCAGCCUGCUGGGGUCACUUUGGUCAGCGUCCAUUGUAGCCCCAAUGACCAGAUGCUGUGGGCCUUGGACAGCAGAUGGAAUGUGCACGUACGGACUGGAAUCACCGAGGAGAUGCCUGUGGGGACAGACUGGGAGCAUGUGCCAGGGUUACAGGCCUGCCAGCUGGCAUUGAGCACCAGGACCGUGUGGGCCCGCUGUCCAAAUGGUGACCUCGCCCGCCGCUAUGGCAUCACAGACAAACAUCCUGCAGGGGACUACUGGAAGAAGAUUCCUGGAAGUGUCUCAUGUUUCACAGUGACCUCAUCAGACGAGCUGUGGGCAGUGGGCUCCCCUGGCUAUCUUCUCCAGCGACUGACAAAGACGUUCAGCCAUUCACACAGUACCCAGAAGAACAGCCAGGCAGUCACCUCCCACCCUGAGGACCUGGAGGACGAGUGGGAGGUCAUCUGAAGGAGCCCCAGGCAGCCAGUCAGGGAGGAGCUGAGGCUCUGUGAUGGACGCUGCUGAUCCCCAGUGGCUCGCUUAUGGACAUGCCUCUUCCACCAGGCUGGACACCCACACGGGCUUUCAUCUGUAUUUGUUUCCGUCUCCUCCAGAACUCACAGCCUCAGCCAUGAGCCCGGAGCUGUCGCUGGGGCAGCGGCACCUUUGACAUCUUGCCAAGGUCACCUCCAAGUGGGCGCAGUGGCUGCCGCUGCUCCAUUGCAUGCACUAGUUUCUGUGCACCACAGUAAAUUCUCUUCAGCAACUCCAGAUCCUGGUGUGGGGGCCAACAGGGACACUGCCACAGGCAGAUGAGUCAAAGCCAGGAAGAGUCAGGCACAUGUCCAUACCAGAACCCCAGGCCAAACAGGCCUGCACACAGAGCUCGCAGCAUUGGAUGUGUCUGACAGUGUUGACUUCUCACAGGAACCCUCACAUCUCUCCCAGAGAUACAGGCCACAGUGUGCAUCCCACACCAGACAUCCCAGGUGGGAAGUACCUGUCCAGGAUGGGGUACUGGACUGUGCAGGGUAAGGGUACACACACACUCUCGCCUCGUCAUGUUGCCCACACUCGGGGUAGCUGCCCACCUCCUGCCCACAUGGUCCAUUUAGUCCAGCGCAGGGUGCUAGUCAGACUUGGGGGCUGAACUAAUGUAGAGACAUCUUUGGGAAGAUUUGACUAGUGUGCUAGCGGGUACCCUAAAGCCAGGCACCUCCAGAUGAUCUAGUGAUCACCUCUCCUUUGUCCUGUCACAGACCUGAGUAAGAUACCUCAUCUGAGAUGCAACCUCCAAACAGAAGAUGGGUCUAUCUUCUGGAAACAGUGAAGGUCUUUUGGUCCUUCAGGAGGUUUAUCCUAAGUCCACCUUGUCUUGGCUAUAGCUUUGCAGGCGUGGCCAUCCCCUAUCAUGUUCUCAACCCAAGAGUAGCCAGUGUCUUCAGUGAGCAUAGCACUGACUUCCCCAGCAGGAGCAAACACUGCCUCCUGCUCACAGGUACCAUGUUCCAAUCACAGCUGGGACAGCAGAAUUCUUUCCUCAGGCAUCUGAGCUUCAGGGCAGGCUGUCCACUGUGUGUGUCCUUCCCUGAGCCUGCUGCCCCCCACCCAGGAGGUCCCUGUCACUACUCCACACCGGCUACCUUUUCUUUAGUCCACCUGGUCCGGGCAGUUACUUGAUGUGUGUUUUUCACUAAGCAUGUGUCAGGACCCUAGUACCAGGUCAAGCCCCAGCAGUCAUGAGCAGAGGCUCCCAGGUCUGAGCAAUGCCAGCUGCUGCAAGCCUUGGCUGCACUUUUAUAGAUUCCUUUGUGGAAGACUUAGACAGCAGAGGCAGCCCCACCUGGGCUGCGCCUCUUCUGUGAACGGCGUGCCUUGCCUGGCCCCUCACAAUGGCAGUACCCCCCUAAGCCCGUGGGACAAUAGUGCAAUUAGUUAAACAGACACUUUAAACUACUUUGAGCUUCCAUGCUUUAUAUGAUUUUCUUUUUGGUUUGGUUUUGUUGUGAUGUCCUUUGAGAUCAUGCAGAAUCUUAGACUUUUCUCCAAUGUUGAGUAUAGUGACUAAGCAGGGAGGCCUGCAGAAGCCAAGCCCAGCUCAGCCACACUGCAGCGGAGCACCUCUGCCUGGUCUCAGAACUUGGAUGGUGUUGAGCCAGCUUCCCCGGGUGGUAUAGUGGGCAGUGGCUAUUCCACAGAUGGACACACCCACUGGCAGCCCUAGAGAGAAUGCCCCCAAAGAAAGCAGAAUGAAGGGCUGUCCUCAGACAUCAGCCUUUUGUUAUUGCAUUGAGACAGUUUUAUGAGGCCCAGGCUGGCCUCCAAUUCACCAUGUAGCUAGCCACAGAUGGCUUUUUCUAAUCCUCCUGCCUCCACCUUUCAAAUUCUAGGAUUACAGGUGUGUACCAUAGUGCCCUGCUAAGAUGUCAGUCUCCAUGCAAUGAAGUCUUUGAGUAUAGUUCACUUUCAGAAUCCCCACUGGGAUCUCUCUCUUAGACAGGGGAAUAAUUAAAAUCAUGGUAGUACCCACAUAUACCCCGAUUUACUGCUCAGGUCUCCUAGCUUGUCCCCUCCCAGAAAGGAGAGCAUGGUUAGCCAGUGAGCCUUGGAGAGGUUGGGUACCUUAUUCACAAUCACACAGUGAACAUGGGUCAGGACCUAGCUUGGCGAAUCUGCUGACCUGUGCUGGUGCCAGCAUGACCGGGCCCGGACCACAAGCAGCCAGGCAGCACCCUGCAGUCAGUAUCGGCUUCUAUAGGCACUGCAGGUGGAAGGAGACAACUGCACAGCUGCUGUGCCUACUGUUUCCAUUUAGCACUGGAAACCUGCCUUUGCCUCCCGGAGGGCAAAUGCUCUAUUCACCCAAAUGCUGGGACAACCACACGGAACUCAUAUGGAGAUUUUUACAUAUUAAAGUGUAGAACCUGUAAAUCAGAAAUCCGUGUGGGGCUGGGGAUGUGGCAUGGUAGUGAUGAACUGAGCAUGCACACCACAACACAGACCAGAAACCCUACAUGGACCCAGAGCAUGCCUGCAAGUCCAGCACUCGGGCAGUUGUCAAUCCUGGACCACACAGUAACAAAAACACUAAACUUAGAUUGCCACAAACGUGGUACCCAUGUUGAAUGUUCACUGUAGGGACUUGUCUAAACCUGUAGGCGCAAACAUUUCUGGGAAAGCCACUGAAGGGUCUUCGAUCCAAAAGCCUCACUUUGGCCUCCUGAGCAGCUGUCGAGAACCGUCAGCUGGGACGUGUAUAUACAGUCCUGGCCCAGCACGCUGCUGCCCCUAGGUCCAGUCCUCAGAAUGUCAGCGAAUAAUAGAACAGGGAAGGUGACACUGUCUGUGGAUUUGAACACAGGCCUGUAAGGCCACAGGAUGUAUGCCAGCAGGGGGGCCCACGGGGAUCUCACGGUGAAACUGCUGACCUAUCAGUACAGCAUGGUUUACAGAGAGAGAGGCGGACACUGCGGUGGGGGUGCUUCUUGUGCCUCGCCCUUCAGGAGGGGCAGAGACAAGUUCUCACUUCGGACAAGCAGCUGGCCAGUGAUUCGUUUCCAAGUUUGUGUCUUUUUUAUCCUUUGAAUGUUGAGCCAUGUAAAUGUAUUAUUUAUUUCAAAACUAAAUAAAAUUUACAUUUUAGAAACCCAA